CGGGGUGGUUCAGUAGACAUUGUAUCAGCAGAAUACAAACAGCAAACAUGUACAAGUUGGCUCUUCUUCCCCUCUUCUUCGCCGCUGUCUCAGCUGGCUACUUGGGAGCUGCUCCCGUCGCCGCCCCCGUGGCUUACGGAGCUAGCUACGGCUACGCUUCCCACACCGUCGCCGCCGCCCCGGUCGCCUACGCCUCCCAUGCCGUAGCCGCCCCGGUCGCCUACGCUUCCCAUGCCGUAGCCGCCCCCGUCGCCUACGCCGCCCCCGCCCCCGUCGCCGUCGCUCACGCUGCCCCAGUCGCCACCUCCUACGCCAACACCUACAGGACCGUUAACAAGCCCGUAGUCGCUGCUUACGCCGCUCCCGUCGCCGUCGCUCACGCCGCUCCCGUCGCCACCGUCGGAGUCGCUCACGCUCCCGUCGCCGUCGCUCACGCCGCUCCAGUCGCCGCCGUCGGAGUCGCCCACGCCGCCCCUGUAUCUUACGGAUACGGUCUCGGAUACGGACGUACCCUCGGAUACGGAUACGGACACGGUCUCGGAUACGGAUACGGACACGGACUCGGAUACUCCGCCCUCGUCCACUAAAUGUCUCCUUGACAACUUCUCAACCA